AUGUUCACAAUCACGGAGCCAGAGAAAGUCAGCUCGCAGCAAGAAGAGGGGGUGGCGGCAGCUCAGGAGGGGGUUCCCUCAGCUGCCAAUAAACCCACCACCCAGGGAGCAGGCACCGAAAAUCCCAAAGAAGCAUCUGGGGUCAAACAAAGCAUCAAGGAACAGGAGCCAGGGCUGUUUGGGGACCUGUUCGGAGAUGAAAUCCAAGAAGAUGAUUCUGGUGAUGAGGGGUUUGAAAAAGGGCUCGCCGAAAUAAAAAAGCCUUUAGAACUUGAGGGGGGCCACUUUUCGAAAGCCCAGAAGAAGAAGCCGAGGACAGAACCUGAAUCCAGAAAAGAGUCGGACUCGGAAUCAGGAUCGGAGUCAGAUACAUCAGGGGGAAGCAGGUCAAGCAGGGACAGUGAAAUAGAAGCGUUACAAAACCAAAAUCAAGGCCUGAAGGAGCGACUGGAGGCCAGCGAGAGAAAGGUGUCUAGCCAAAGCAAGCGUAUUGGGCAUCUUCAGGAGGCGGCAGCAGCUCAAGAGAAGGAGAAGCAGAAAAAGGGGCCAAGCCUCGCGCUACAAGCAGAAAAGGAGAAAAGCAAGGUUUUAGCGGCAGAUAAGGAAAGGCAAAAAGGAACAAUCGCAGGACAAGAUAAGCGUUUGAAGUCUCUUUCCAGAGAUUUAAGAGGAGCCGAGGAGCAGGUGCGGGUGUUCGGUCAGGAAAGGGACGCAGCCCGCGCGGCCGAGGGUGUUCAAGCGGAAAAAAGUGCAGGGCUGGGGGAGGAAUUUUCAAAAGAAAGGGCAGGCAAAGGGCUCAGCACUCGGGAGAGGUCAGAGCUUGAGCUCCGGAAAAGGAAGGGGGGUAUAGACGAGCUUUUCAUCUCCGGCGUCCAGAAACUGCUGGGAACGAGGCACAAGGGAAUAGAAGGGCUCAGAAAAGAAAGGAAACGAGAACGGGAAGAAGAAGUAUCGAACAGCGGUGCGGAGGAAGCGGUGCAAGGGCCGGGCAUCAAAGUCGGCGAAGAAGUUCUAAGAGGAGAUAAGCCAGUGGAAGUAAAAGAGCCUGGUAUCUAUAGGCUAGAGGUACGAGGGAAGGAGACGGUCAAGGAGCCUGGACCGGAAGCAAAGCGGGUGAGGUUCCGGGUACCAGUAGAAGCACCAGAGCCCAGCAACAUCGGGGGAAAGUUCGGCAGACCGGGGUUAAAAAAAGCGCCAGACAAGGUCUAGAGUAGCUAUAAAAACAGAAAAAUAAAAAAAGGAGAACGCCUGUGAGUAGAAAACAGAUUCCAAUAAAAAGUGUGGACUGUCUGUUCUCAUCUCAAAUUCUCAUCAUGG